CGAUCACUCAUACUGUCUCCCAAGGCACUCAUUUCUCCAUCAGGUGGAGCUUUGUUGCUCGAAACGUGAAACUGUCCGUAGCCUUGCCUUGAUACUUCCCUUGCCAGCGCCCCAAGACAAACCAAGUCAAGGAAGGUCUGGAACAUUUUCUGUGAGACUCAUCCCACAAAAGCAUCAUUUUCCAGAAAGGCGUCAUUCAAUUCGCAAAUAAAUCCUUGUCGUUUGGGAGACACCGGGCCAUGAACCAUGUGCUCAGCACACUGCAGGCACCAAUCAUUCCACAAGUAUUUCGAUCACGUUAACGAUAUCCACAACCCCACCCGUUCAAAGGAAACCAAUUUGGCAGCCAUAUUUGAUAGACAGCCGCUUCGUGUAACGACUCGGUGUUCAACGCGAUUACUGUCCUGUUGCACAGGUUUUCCCUCCCUUGUGAAGGAACAUGAAACACGCCCCAAGUUUACCUAUCAUCAAUACGGAGUACAAAUCUCCCCAAUCAUGACUACGGUGGCCAUUGAGAAUCGACGAAUCUUGAGUUUUCCUUUAUGCCAUGACCACCAUCAUCUCGGCGCGGUGUCCUAGCACAGGCUGCAACGUCUCAUUGUUCAGUCCGGAUGGCUAGACGAAAGACAGGGUCCUGUUUUGAUGAAUGUAAGGCGCGCCAACCUUUCGCAUCCUUAUGGAUGGGAAAAGGGUUGGCCGAAUUUUACUGCUACGCUCCAACAUUGUGGCUCUAAAACAAGGGCUGCAUUUUGUUCACAGAUUCCUUUUUCUAGAGUAUAGGAGUUUAGAUUUGUUCUAUCC